CAGGAGCGUGUGCCUGUGUGUGUUUGUGUGUGAAAGGGACUUGCAGGGGAGUGGAGGGAGAGUGAGAGGAGAGAGGAGAGUAACUCCAGUAACUCCAGCUCUCUUUAAAACCAUUUCUCAGCUAGAAAUCCGUCCCGGAGUUUGGCACCGGAGAACCCCGACCAUCUCUGCUCUGCACCGGGAUUACUGGACACAGAUCACCAGGAUCUCAGUGUUGUGAGGAUUUAUCUCGGGGUGAAGGAAGAAGGAUUUUACGGUUCAAGGAGUUCACGGAGCUCCAGGAGAAACUCUGGACAAACUUUCUGGAUUAAUGCUGCUGAUGCUCUUUUAGUUGGUGUAAACUGCUCCUGCUCCUGGAGCUGGUCUAACUAUGAUCUGUGGAUUGUGCGCAGGAUCUCCAGAGUGUCUGGGAGUGUUUGAGAGAGAGCUGCUGGCUAAAGUUGUGUCUUAAUUGAGUUGUCGACAGACAGCAGCUCACACUGAGAGAGCAGCGGCUCCUUCUGCAGACCUUUGGUGAUGUUUUCCGCAGCGCAUGGUUGAAUAUCUUCCUCUAAUGCUGCUGGAGAGACUCAACACGGUGACGGUGACCGCCGGUGCUGCUGCCGUGCAUGCUGCGCGCAAACCCCCGGUGCUGCUGCUGCACGGAGAGUUUAGGAAAUAAAUCCAUGUGGCAUCUCACGAGACCCGGACGGGACCGACAGGACACGGACACAUCCAGAACUGUCUAGGUUUGUCGUAUGUUCAAGUCGAGACGCUCAGGUCUCGUACGGCGACUCUGGAGAAGCCGUCUGGUCACCGAGAGCAGCGACGGCGGGCGGCUGCUGCGGCGGGAUGGAAGCAGCCGAGGAGGUGACGGAGGACGGAGGACCGGUCCGGGCGGCGGCAGACACUCAGGAGAGAGACACAGACUCACCGGAGAGCUGCCGGAGAGGAGCGCGGAGAGCGGCUUGGAGAGGGAGGAAGAGGAGCAGCAGCCUGAGGAGGACCGGGGUGCCAUGUGCGUCCCGGAGCACCGGGGCUCCCAGGAGGACGACAGUAGGACGGUGACGUGUUGUUGGUUUGGGGACCUGGACCUCAGACACAGGAGCUCUUACUGGGCCUCCGGGAAAGACGGAGCUUGUCUGCAGGAGGAGGAACUCGCCAGCACCGCUCGCGCUUUCUUGAAGAGACUGAAGGAGAGGUCUCUGGACGCCCUCGUGCAGGCUGUGGAGAGCAGAGGAGGGAUACCCAGCGACUGCGUCAUGGUGCCCGGCUCGGAGCUGCGGCUCGGCUCCUCUUCUCACCACCACCACAUCAUCAUCUCUCCUCAGAGCCUCCUGGUGAAGCUGUUCCGCUGGAGAGACCUGCCGCUCUCUGCCCGCCUCAAGACGCUCAGCCACUGCCAGAGCUCCGGAGCAGAGGACGGAGACAAGGUGUGCUGCAACCCGUAUCACUACAGCCGACUGUGUGGGCCAGAAUCGCCUCCUCCUCCGUACUCUCUGUCCCGUUCAGAUGAACACAAGCCACUGGACUCAACUCUGUCUUACACUGAAACUGUGCCCCCCCUCCCCUCCAGUCCUCCUCACAUUACGCCAAGAGACUACACAGACACUGGUACCUCCAUCGGCUCCUCGACUUCCAGCAGACAUCGCUCUCACUGGUGCAGCGUUGCUUACUGGGAGCAGCGCACGCGCGUGGGUCGCCUUUAUCCGGCCUACGAGCCCUCGCUCAACAUCUUCUAUGACCUACCUCAGGGCACGGGCCUCUGCCUGGGCCAGCUCCACGCCAACGCCUACCACAGCCGUCGAGACGACCCGGGCAGCCACGGCACGUCGGGUCUUCACGGACACCACGGCCAUGGAAGUGGAGGGAGCAGUAGCAGCAGCAGCAGCAGCAGCAGCAGCAGCAGCAGCGGCGUGCAACAGAUACGCAGUAAAAUCGGCCACGGCAUCGUGCUGAGCCGGGAGCCGGACGGAGUGUGGGUGUACAACCGCAGCCAGCACCCGGUGUUUGUCCACUCGCCCACUCUGGACCCACCCAGGGCUCGAGGGCUGAGCGUGAAGAGGGUGAUGCCGGGCUUCUCCCUCAAGGUGUUUGACUAUGAGCGCUCCAGCUGGAUGGCGGAGCACGGCGUGAAGCCUGAGUGCCAGGAGGGGCCCUGGGACCCCCACAGUGUUCGCAUCAGUUUCGCUAAAGGAUGGGGCCCCUGUUACUCCAGACAGUUCAUCACCUCCUGCCCCUGCUGGCUGGAGGUGCUACUCAACAACCACAGAUAGCACACAGACUCACAUGAGCUCUCCUCGCCCAGUAUCCGAAUUGUAAUCUACCUAGAUUUAAUAUAAAAUUUAUAUAUUAUAUAAAAUAUAUUAUACAUGUAAAUACUUGAGUCAUUUUUACAAUGCAAUUAUUUAUGUAUAGUGUAAUGUGUAUAUGGACAAAAUAAAAAAGGAACAAGAAUAUGCACUUUUGAUUCUAUAUAUGCAUUACGGUUUCUCUGUGUCAUUUUGCAAAUAUAAACUGUAAAAAUAAGACAAACCUGGUUUAUGUUCUCAUGAUUUAGCUAUUCCAUCAAAACGUAUGCCAUACACACAUUGUCAAUAAAGUAUUUGUAUUAAAUGAA